CUCUUUGCUAUAUAUAGCCAUUUGUGUUUUCACUUUUUUUUGGUUUUUUUCCGAAAUAACUAUGGUUUCACUUAUCAUCUGGCAUAAUGUGGAAACUGAUAGACAGAGUCGUCUAGCAGUUGAGAAUAUUUACAACGUUGGAACGAAAAUAGGGCGAAAAAAUCUGCCUUACAAGAGCGUGGAAUUGUUCCUGCUCAAUUCGAAAUUCAACAAUUCCAAAUUUUCAUUGUAUGGAAUCUUCAAUCUAGACUGGACAUUUAUUUAUUCUAUGGUUGCUGGAUUAUCAACUUACUUAGUUUAUUUGGUUCAAUUUAAGGAAAUGGAACAACAUAUUUCGAAUGGAUCGGCCUACACAUGAAUAUUCUACAAUUUCUACAUAAGUAGUUAAUGAAGAAGAAAGUUAUUAGAGUUGUAUACAUGUAGAAGUCUUUUCUAACUACAAAUAAUAUUACUGAUGUAAAU